AUGUACAACGAUGACGACGACGACAUUCCUACAAAAGAACCAGAGACCAAGAAAUCCAAAACGAUGGAUAGCGUUCAAUUAAAGUUUCUACAGUCUCAGAUAGCUCAAAAACGGACUGCACUUCAAGCAGCAGCUGCAAAACCAAAAACAGCAAAAAUUUCGGCGCCACCGCCAGUUAUUGAUCUCGCUGCCCGAAACAGAGCUCUUGGUAUUGGCACAAAAGUUACAAUGGGAUUCAAACCAAUCAAAGCGAAUCCAGUCGCUGAGAACAUUUCGUUUUUGCCAAAAUCUGCAACAGAUGACAGUUUCAUGAUGUUUGGAGAGUAUUUAUGUAAAAAUGAGUAUCAAGUAUCCGUGCCCAACGAAUAUGAAAAAAUGGCGAGAAUUAUUAUGGAGAAUAAAAUGAAAGAAAAGGCAGCCAAAGAGGAAGCAAAACGACUUGCUCGCGAACAAAAAGAAGAGGAUAAGAAACGAUCGAAAGGUGCUGCAAUUGCUCCUCCAACAGCUCUUCUUGAUCCAGAACCACCAACAACGUCAGAAUCGAAAAGCGAUGAGGAUCGGACCGCGAUGCCUCCGCCAACCUUUUUACCGGCAUUUGGUAAAUCGGUUAGUCGAGGUCUUGGAAUUGCCGCAAAUAUUAUGAAAAAGCAAGGAUAUCGCGAAGGAUUAGGCUUAGGCAAAAAUGAGCAAGGAAUCAGUAAAGCUCUGGUCGUUGAGAAAAGUGGUCUUCGAGGUGGUCAAAUUGUCGGUGAAGAGACGAAAUUAGCCCCAACGUUUGCCACAAAUUCGAUGGAAGCCGUUCAGAAUGCAACAAAAGUGCUGAUUCUAGCUAAUUUAAUAUCACUAGACGAGCUGAAGAAGGACUACGAGAACAUCGACGAAUUCGGCGAUGAAAUCAAGGAGGAAAUGCAAAAAUGCGGCCAAGUUGCGAAUGUUCUCGUCCACGUGAAUGAUCAGCAAACUGAAGAGCAGCAAGUUCGAGUUUUCGUCGAAUUCACGAACAAUGCUCAAGCAAUCAAAGCAUUCGUUGUGAUGAAUGGACGAUUUUUUGGCGGCAGAUCAGUUUUGGCGGGAUUUUAUAAUGUCGACGAUUACAACGACAAGAAUUAUAAUUUAUAG